AUGUCUGGGGGCUCUGAGAGUGAUGACUCUGUAACAGCUAAUGGGAGGGUUUACAUUCCUGAAGUAAGAAAUGAGGAAACACCAGCAGUUGGGAUGAAGUUCGACUCGCUUGACCUCGUUUAUAAUUUCUAUAAUAGAUAUGCAUUCUUGGCUGGCUUUGGUGUAUACCGGAAUGAUGAAACUCGGGAGAGAAAAAGACAGCGGGGAAUAAGUAGAUGCAAUUGCAAAGCUAAGAUUGUGGUUGUGAAGACACAUGGGAGCAAGAAGUAUACCAUCUCUCUUUUUGCAGAGGGACACAAUCAUAAGAUGACACCCUCAGGAAGAAUGCAUUUACUGAGAUCACACCGUCGUAUUUCAGAUUCUACAAAAGUACUUACAAAACAGUUGGGUUCGGUUAAUAUUCCCAUUAAUCAGAAGGUAAGUAUUUUCGAGGUGCAAUCCGGAGGAAUGGAUAAAAUCGGUUUUAUCAAAAAGGAUAUCUACAAUCUUGAAUGUAGUGUGAAUGGGAAGCUGAGGAACCACGAUGUUGAACUAGUGACCGAGUAUUUUAUGGCUGAACAGAAAAAAAAUGAGGCUUUUUAUUUCAAGAUUGAGGGAGAUGGCGAUAACAGGUUUAGUCGAUGUUUUUGGGCAGAUGCAACUUCUAGACGGGCGUACGGGUUUUAUGGAGAUGUUGUUGUAUUCGAUACCACAUUCAACACGAAUAGAUACGACUUGACAUUUGCACCAAUGUUGGGAGUUAAUAACCAUGGUCAAACAAUUGUCCUAGCAUGCGCAUUUUUGAGCAAGGAAACGACUGAGUCGUUUAUUUGGAUGUUUGAGGAGUUUAAGAAAGCCAUGCCAGGUGGCGAACCUAAAACGAUCAUCACAGAUCAAGAUGCGGCAAUGAGCAGAGCGAUUUCAAUAGCCUUCCCGACUACAUUUCAUCGACUUUGCAUAUGGCACAUCACAUCAAAGUUCUCUGUUAAGUUACCACAUUCUGCUUAUAAGGAGUAUUGGGGUGAAUUCCAGAAAGCCAUAUGGGAUACUGACAAUAAGGAUGAGUUUGAUGCAAAAUGGAAUAUUGUGGUUACAAAGGCUGGUUUGACUGACCAUCCAUGGCUAAGUUCAAUGUUUGAUUUAAGGGAAUCUUAG